AUGCAUCGACACUCGGCCUACCCGUAUCCCACUACGGCCUCGGCCACCACCUCCACCAGAUACUCGGGCACCUCCUCAGCCUUCUCCGCCUCGGCCAACCCCAACGAGGACUGGACAAAGAUCUCAGAUCUCGCCGAGCGCAGGCGGAUACAGAACCGCAUUGCCCAGCGCAACUACCGCAAGAAGCUCAAGAAGAGGCUCGAAGACUUGGAGCGCCGUGCUGCCUCGAGCUCAGCUUCACCUGAACAGAAGCCUGCCGAGCUGCAGCCACCCCAACCAUCACCACCCCGCCAGGAGUUCCCCUCACCCUCUUCUUCCGAGUCCUCCUACACAACCCCGCCAGCCGAGGACCGCAUGUUUUCCCACCAGUACACCAGGCAGCUGUCCACCAGCCCCCCUCCCUUCUCCGUUGCCUACUCUUCCUCGUAUCCUGCCCCCGAUGCCGUGGCCUACUCCAUGCCCUACUCAGCCUCACCCUACCACACAAUACCCACCACGCUCGCAACCGACAUGCCAAGCUACGCCUACCUGCCCCCGCCACACUCGUCGUCGUACUCGACGCCGCUGCCAAGCCUGGUCCCCGGCAUGAAGCAGGACUACUACUCCGAGGAGGACAUGAGCCCGUUUGGCGUCGGCUACGCUGCCAUUGGCGGCAUCGAGAUCCCACCACCACACUCGUACGCACACUCAGUAAGGCUCCCCGCCCGCCAGCCAUACUACGCAUAG